CGGCACAGCAGGACCCCUGUCUGAGGGCUCAGCCGCGCCUCACCCCUGCUACAGAGUUUUACAACAAAAGACAACAAGUUGGAAAGUGUUUUUCAGUGGAGUUACGGGGGAAUUUAACACUGCACGGGAAGAGAACAAAGGGGAGGGACGGUCUGAGCUGAUGGACUGAGGGAUGAGAUAGCGCUCAUAACUUACCCCGUCUCCCCAUCCUUCCCCGUCGGACGGACGCUUCUCUUUCUUUCCAGAUGAUGUAACUGUUUUAUGACAGACUGGGCUCGGAUGUAUCCUCGCCGCUGACGAAGUGCUCACUUUUUCCUUUAAUUAUCAGCGCACGGUGAUAUCCGACUGCAGCCCGCAUCCUCAGGUUUUAGGAGCCCGGGUCCAGGUUUCGGUGAGGGGGCUGAGCUCAGCGGGACGUUGCGCAGUGCUCAACUGGCUGUUCCCCGGGGUCGGUGAGCGGUGGUGCAGUCAUGUGGCAGAGGAUUCUGAUUUGUUGGGCACUGUUUGCACUGUAUUCAGCGGCACCGCCUGCACACAUCAACCGCCUGGCGCUGUUCCCUGACAAGAGCGCCUGGUGCGAAGCCAAGAACAUCACACAGAUAGUCGGGCACACGGGAUGUCAGCCUCGCUCUAUUCAAAACAGAGCUUGUCUGGGCCAGUGUUUCAGCUACAGCGUCCCCAACACAUUCCCACAGUCGACCGAGUCUCUGGUGCACUGUGACUCCUGCAUGCCUGCCCAGACACAGUGGGAAGUGGUGACUCUGGAGUGCCCGGGCAGUGAAGAGUCUCCUCGUGUGGAUAAGCUGGUGGAGAGGAUCUUCCACUGUAGCUGCCAGUCCUGCAGUAAGGAGGGUGGCCAGGAGGGGGCAGUGAUGCAGCUGUAUCCAGCAGACAACGUCUUGGACGCUCCGUCUUUAUCUGACACGCUCAGCAGCCCUCAGUCUCACCCUCUGCCCCCCUCAGACACACACUCCAAUAAGCAUGCUCACCCGCACACAGACCAUCACACACUACCACACACAUCUGAUGGAGGGUAGGUGUCACUUUGCUCAUCUGCUCCGCCCUCUCCACUCUCCUUCACACUGCAUAAUCUGUAGUAUUGGAAAGGCACUUUGAGAAUAUGGCUUCACUUCAUUGCACACACACACUGUCACAAAUUCACGCUCAUCAGAUUUCACUCUAUUGUAUAUAACUCAUACAAACACACCAGCUUAUGCACUCUUUGUUUGCUGAUUAAACAUGCACGUGUCCAUCCAGACAUGACUAUAGUCACUUAAUAAGCUGUAGUCUCGUUGCUUUUAAUCUGCUUUCAUGCAAUAAAUUCUAUUGUUGUGAUAA